UCUGACUUUCUAACCCGAAAUUUAAGUUCGAAUUGUAAACCCGAGUUCAAAAAAAAAAAAGAAAAAAAAAAAAGAGAUGAACUUGGGUUUAAUAGCUAGGGUUGAAUAUAGAGUUAAGUUUAAGAUCGGAUUGAAUGUAAGGUUAGGAUUGGACUCGAUUGAACAUUUUAUAUAUUGAGUUGCUCCAGUUCGCUUGAGUUGCAGCCUAAUUUAAAUCUACCGGGUCUAACAAUUUUCGAGAAAAAAAUGGGGAAGGGGCGGCGCAGAUUAGGCUAAGUUAUUAUACUUACAACUCGCUCGAGUUCCACAGUUAUAGGGAAAAAAAAGGAGAAAGGAAGGGCGGCGUUUGUAAGUCACAAGGCGCGUUGGAGUUUUGUAUGCCUCCCACCCCAACCAAAAAAGGAAAAGAAAAACCUACACCCUUCCCAUCUCUCUCACCCAAAAACUUGCAACAAAAGCUCUAUACCCAUUUUCUCUCACACCCGAAAGCCCUAGAUGCAACAAUGGCAUUAAGCUACUCCCUCUCACACCGAAAAACCCUAGAUGCAACAAUGGCAUUAAGCUACUCCCUCUCACACCGAAAAACCCUAGAUGCAACAAUGGCAUUAAGAGCUCUCAACACAAUCUACUCGAAGCUCCUCUCUCGAAUGGCUGUUUGUUCCCUCCGCACAUUCGCUCCCAUCAACUCCAAUUCCGAAUCAGAUAUUCCAACUAAUAAUUCGGAUUCGGACUUACGUUCAAAACAACUUCCUCAUGCCGAAGGUAAGAAAAACAGAGCAUUCAAUCGAUUUAUGAAAGACGGGUCAACGUUCCCCCGCAAGGUGUUGAACGACGACGAGAAAUAUGCGAGGAUGGACAUGCCGGUGACCCGGAAGCAAGGGCUGAAACUGCUGGUUGCAGACAACUCUCUGAAUGCCUUGGAAGAGGUGGAUGAUGAUCCUCUGUCCGUGGAGGAGUACCGAAUGAGUUACUUCGGCAACAUCGAUCUUCCUCAGAGCCUCUACAAGAUGGGAAAUAUCGUAACGGAGCUCAAGGACAUUGCGUUUAGCUUGAAAGAAUCCUUCAUCGAAUGGUGCGUGCCAUUUACAUCAAGGAAGGAAAUUUUCCAAACAUUGACAAUUUUAUUGCAAGUUCUGUAUCUUUUAUCAACGAAGGAAAUUUUAAAAGCAUCCACAAUUGCAUCCCCAAUUUAGUCGUUUUAGGGGCACCAUGGUAUUUGCUGUCAGUGGACUGGUAUGUAUCGUGCUGGAAAUCAUAUUGCAAAAAAGAUUUUAGCCCUACAAAAUGCCUUCUUAAUUAUUUGGAAAACUGGAAUGUGACGCUCUUGACCAUGACGAGGAUUGCAAGAAUUGGGCCAAUAGUACAAACGUUUUUAAGAGUUGGAUCCUGACAAUCAUGAUCACUUUCAAGUAUGUAAUAUUUUAAAAAUGCAGUGACAAAAAGUGGUCUCCUCAAAGUUUCUUGAAAAGUCGGUUGGGUUUCCAAAACUUUAGGAAUGUUUUCUCCAAUUUUUAUUACUGGUAUCCACAAACAACGAGGUUGUCUUUAUUUCAUUAUUAGCAAUUAGCAUCAGUUCUGUAUCCAUUUUGAAAGUAAUAAUUCUCGUUCCAUAAAACUUAAAUGUGGAACGUCCCAAUGUAAAUUUAUCAUAUUAGGUGCAUCCAGCAUGAAUAAUCGGCUAAUUAUUUGUUUGUAUCUUAUCAUCAUCGAAUGAAAUGAUUAUAUAUGUUUGGAUA